GCUUUCAAUAUAAAGAUUCCAAUUUAUUUUUUUUUUAGAAAACUUUCAAAGUUAAUUUAAUGUUUGUUUUGGUACAUUUGUAGAAGCUUCUCUUGGAAGCUUUUUGACGACUGAGGAGUGAGGAUUGUUUGAGCUAGUAUCAAAAGUCAAGAAAGGAGAGGACGGAAAGGGUGUUUGAGUGAAUCUUCUUAGGUUCGGAUUUUCAGGACAACCUUCACAAAACUGUCCGUUGCCGGAACUUUGACCGUAGGAUCGUUGUUGGGAAUUCACAGUGCCUCUACUUGGAACGGUUGGAUCGUCAUUUGAAGCUCUGAUUUGUCUGGAAUUGCUGUUGGAAAGAGACCCUACGUUUGGAUCAAUCUCUAAGUAGUGGGAAAUGGCUUCUUCCGAGUCUAGUAAAAAAAUCCAAGGUCCCUGAAAGCAACCAAGAUUUAAUCAGUAGUCUUCCAACUGAUCUGAUAGAUGAGAUCCUUAAACUUUUACCAGUGUCAAUGUUAGCUAAGACAAGUGUGCUAUCAAGAAAAUGGAGGCGUAAUUGGUUGUCCCUUAAGUACCUUAUCUUUAAUAAAGCUUUCUGGGAAGAACAUAAAUCAAGCACAUAUUUUGAUUGGAAACGUAUCAACGAAAUCAUCAGUGGUAUAUUGCUUCAUCACAAUGGUCCUGUUCAUGAGUUCUAUCUUCAUGUCCCAAACGAUCCAGAUCAGGAAUUUUACCUUAAUCUAAGUCAGUGGCUAUCUUUUCUAUCAAGAGCCGCGAUUAAAAAGAUCACUCUUGUGAAUUUGGCUAAAGCUGAUAGCCUACCUAUUAUGCCUUCUCAUAUUUUCUCAUGCAAUGAGCUGGUUGAUUUGAAAAUUGUUUAUUAUGCACUGAAUGCUCCACCAAGUGACUGUUUGGGCUUUGCUUAUCUUCAAAAUCUUGAGCUACUGUCUGUUGAAUUUAAACAUGAUGUUUUCAGAAGUUUGAUCGCAAGUUGUCCAGGACUUACUCAGUUAAAGCUUAAAGAUUGCAUUGGAAUUACUAAUCUGGUUUUUGAUCAUGUGCCUAUCCUUGUCCCCAAUGGAAAACACUACAUACUUAGAAACAGUCCGCGCUAUUCUGACUUUUGCAAUGCCGCCUGUUAGGCUUCAAUAUCUUCGAUUUGAUGGCCACCUCUGUAAGUUCUUGGCUGCCGGUUGUUUCAAAAAACUUACUCAGACAUUUAGUCACCUGCGAAUUCUUUGCUUGACAAAGCUCGACUUGGAUGAUUUUAAUGUAUUUUGUUUCACUAUCAACAUGGUUCAAAAUUGUCCCUAUAUCAAGUAUCUUGAAUUAUCAUCAAUUACUCCGAACAAAAGCGUUCUUCAACACAAAUUUGACUACGACAACAAUUUUAAGCUUAGACAUCUCCUUAAGGCAAAAAUUACAGGUAUUACUGGAUCAAGUGCGGAGCUCAAAUUGGUAGAAUAUAUUGUUGGUAUCUCAGUUAAGCUGACAAGAUUUCUGUUUAAGUGUAAUAAUCUUGACCCGAGCUCAGAGCUAAAGGUGUUGCGCGAGCUAUUACAGUUGCCAAGAGCAUCGAAAAAGGCUAAACUUGUUUGUCUGGCGCAAUAGAGUAUGUAGGUUUGGCUUUGUUGGUUAUUAUGUAUAGUUAAUUAGUUAUGUUCUUGCAUUUUCCUCAAAUGAUCAUGAGCUGUGUUUUGCUGUAUGAAAUGUUAAAAUAUUUCAAUGUAUGUAUAAAAUGUUAGGGGAAUUUUUUGAGAA